CCAUAUUACUGCUCUAGGUGCUUCAAGCAAGGACACCCUGCUGAAAAGUGUAAAUUGGAAGAGGAUAAUCAUUAUGCUGCAGAAAAAAUGAGGAAGGGGAAACAUAUACUGACAGAGGAGCCACCAAAUCAACUUAAACCUACUAGGCGUGGGAGAAGUAGGAGCAGAGCCCCACCCUCUACUCAACACCAGCAGAUGGUUUAUGUUCCUAAAACCUUGGGUCUUAAUACUCAACCUUCACAGUUAUAUGAAGGUCAAAAAUCCAAAGGUCAAAACACUGAAAAGAACAAAAUUGACCCAAAAAAGAAUGACUUCCAGGUGGUACACAAAAAGCAGUUCCCUAAGCAAACAACAUCUCAUUCUAACAAAACCUCUCCUGCUAUAGAAAAUCACAAUGCCAAAGAGCCAGAACCAGUUGCCUUGAAACAAUUUGCCUUGACACCAACUAUUGGCCUCAUUCCUAAACCACCUACUCAUGAGGGGCACAAACACCCUGCUAACUCCCAACCUCUGGAUGUGUUCAACACUUUUGAAGUUCUGCAGCAAUUAAAUAUGGAACACACAGGACUGAACCCUAAGGCCUCAGAGUUUCAUCCCUCUACCAUUCCAGGGGGUAGGGAGGAAUCCAAAUCUAAAACACUUGAUGAUAGUGGCAAGGCUUUUCCAAUUCUGCCUAUUGCUGACCCUGAUCAGACUUGUGGCAUGAAUUCUUCAGCAAAUACUAUCCCCUCAAAUAAAGGUGUUCCUCUUGCAGAACUGGAUCCUGGCCCCAAAUCAGGUGAGGAUGAUAUUGAAGAAGUAUGGUCUGAUGAGGGAUAUGCUAGCCCUAUUGGAGAUGAGGAUUUCUUUUCUUCACCCAUGUCUGAAGAUAAAUCUAAGAACAACAUAACUGAAAUUCCAACUGAUACUCCAGCUGCCAAUACAAGGAAAGGAGCCUCCAAAACUAAACCCCCUAAGCCACCUACUGGGAAGAAAUCUGGAAAGACCAGAACUUCCCCCCCUCCCAAAACAGCUCAUUAAUGGAUUCCACACUUGUGUGGAAUCAAAUCUGCACAGCCCUGACCCACCACCAACCCAAUCCACCCUCUCUUGUUCCCUGCAUAACACCCAGGAUAUACAUCCAAAAGGACAGCCAGGCCAUUCCUCUCUUUUUUCCCCACUUGGCUGAAAAGACCUCACCAAAAAACCAAUCAAGGUAUGCCUUUCACUCACACAUGCCUGGCCAGUCACUAAAAACUGAAACUCCAGCCCCCACAAACCCAUCCCCAUCUCUGAUUUUUCCCUACCAAAAGGACAUUAAUAAAUGGUUGUUAUUCCU